AUGCCACUCGUGGCGCGAAGUUCCCCAGAGCCGAGACGUAUUAUUCGCGAAGCAUUCGAAGACCUCGAAAAGGUCAUAUCAGCGGACGAAGCGAACGAUUUCAACACCACGCUACAGAGCGUGCAAGAUGCGGCACUCGAAAUUGAAAGUGUCCUUGCCGCGAGACAGUCCCUAAGGAAUAUGCGACGUCUCUCGCCUCUGUUUGACGCAAUGAGAUGCUACGCUGAAACCAUAGAGGUCCUAUGCAAUGGAACUCCCUAUCUACCUUGA